AUACGCAAAGCCUUUUGUUUACAGUCGGAGUCAAACAACGAAAACACAUCGAUCAAUCGAUCCAGCUAGCUAGCUGCUGCUGGGCUGGGCUGGGCUGGGCUGUUCGUCAGCCGGCCGGUGCGCGACAAGGCGCAGCCGCAGCAGACCGCCGCCACGAUCGAUGGCGCAGACCGCCGCCGCCUUUGUGUUCCUCCUCCUUGCCGCCGCUGCGUCGGCGGCGGCCGGGAAGAUCACCAAGGACGACUUCCCGCCGGGGUUCGUCUUCGGCACCGGCUCCUCCGCUUACCAGAUUGAAGGUGCGGUUGCAGAGGAUGGAAGAAAACCUAGUAUCUGGGACACGUUCACACACUCAGGCUACUCUAUCGAUGGAGCGACCGCUGAUGUAACUGCAAAUCAGUAUCAUAAGUACAAGGAAGAUGUAAAGCUUUUGAGCGAGAUGGGCGUCGAUGCGUACAGAUUUUCGAUCGCCUGGCCUCGGCUUAUUCCUGAUGGUCGAGGAGCUGUCAACCCCAAGGGACUGGAGUACUACAACAAUCUAAUUGAUGAGCUCCUGAGCUAUGGAAUUCAGCCUCAUGUAACGAUAUAUCACUUUGACUUCCCUCAGGCUCUUCAAGACGAGUACAAAGGGAUGCUUAGUCGUAGAUUCAUAGAAGACUACACAGCGUAUGCAGAGGUGUGCUUCAAGAACUUUGGCGAUAGAGUGAAGUACUGGAGCACUGUCAAUGAGCCGAACGUCGAGCCGAUUGGCGGAUACGAUCAGGGAAUACUCCCACCACGGCGAUGCUCAUUCCCCUUUGGUACCCUCAGUUGCGACCAAGGCAACUCUACCACAGAACCAUACAUCGUAGCACACCAUCUUCUGCUUGCACAUGCCUCAGCAGCGUCCCUGUAUAAAGAGAAGUACCAGGCCAAGCAAGGAGGACAUAUUGGACUCACAUUGCUUGGCUGGUGGUACGAGCCUGCGACGCAGACACCCGAGGAUAUAGCGGCAGCUGGAAGGAUGAAUGAUUUCCACAUUGGAUGGUAUAUGCAUCCAUUGGUGCAUGGAGAUUAUCCCCCAGUGAUGAGGAAGAAUGUUGGGUCCAGGCUACCAUCGUUCACAGCUGAAGAGCUAAAGAGAGUGCACGGUUCAUUCGACUUCGUCGGUUUCAACCACUACAUCGCUAUAUAUGUGAAGGCUGAUCUUAGCAAGCUGGAUCAGCCAUUGAGAGAUUAUAUGGGAGAUGCAGCCGUGGCAUAUGACAUGCCGUUUCUGAACUCAAAGAACAAGCCGUUCCUGUUCGGGUUGAAAAGUGACAUCAUGACGUCGACGCCAUGGGCUCUGAAGAAAAUGCUGGGGCAUCUGCAGUUGAAAUACAAGAACCCGGUGGUCAUGAUCCACGAGAACGGAGCUGCGAGCAUGCCUGACCCCUCGGGCGGGAACACCUACGACGACGAGUUCAGGUCGCAGUACCUGCAGGACUACAUCGAAGCCGCGCUUGAAUCCAUCAGGGACGGGUCGAACUUGCAGGGCUACUUCGUGUGGUCGUUCCUGGACGUGUUCGAGUACCUCUUCGGCUACCGUAUGGGCUUCGGCCUCUACGGCGUCGACUUCGGCUCCGAGGCGAGGACGAGGUACCAGAGGCACUCCGCCAAGUGGUUCGCCAGCUUCCUCCGCGGCGGCGAGCUCAGGCCGGUGGCGCUGCCCGGCAAGGCCUACUCCCAGUGAUUCUCAUCUUCUUCGCAACGGCUGGAGACUGGAGAUGGUCCGCGAGGAUAUGCACGAAUAAUGAAGCCUGGAAAGUUGGGUCGUGAGCUGAGAAUGAGAUGAUGGUAGUAAUGUCACGUUGCUUUUCUUUUUUUCUUUUCUUUUUUGGGAUGGGAGGUUGGAUUUUGAUUGGCCAGUAGAGAUGAUAUAUAGGGGAUCUGGUGUAUGCUGCGUUCGAUUCGAUUGUUCCGAAAGUGUAUGUUUAUGUGGAUGUAUGUUCUGAACAUAUUAAUGUCUAUGCUGCUUCUUUAUGCUGCUUUUGAUCGA